CUCACAGAGCGUUGGUUUUAUGAGAGAGGAAAAUCGGAAUUGGAGAUUAGAGAAAAACCGUAGAAAAAAUCAGCAGGAACCAAAUAACAGAAAUGCUGGCAUCGAUAGACGUUCGAAUGGAAGCGAAACCUUAGAACAGCAAAACAUUGACAUUCAUGGUGGAGAGCGACCGAAUCAACCGACAGAACAUGAUGAAGAACCAAUUGCAAACGACAAUGCACCAGCAAAUUCUUCGACAUCGUCUGUCAACGCCAAUUCUUUUAAUGGUGACUUUAAUGCAAUUCAAAGACAGCCGAACAUACCAGUAGAACAUGACGAGACGGAUCCCCUGCCUGGCUAUACUACGAAGGGUCAUCGCGUAAUGCAGCCGGAGGACGAGUCAAAUCAUUAACAAGACUUUUACAGAACCCUGUGCAACAGAGAAUACAUAAGAAGAAGACUUCGUAUAUUUUAGAUAAGUGUUAAGUAGUAGAGGUGUUUAAAAAAAGUUAUAUAGUUUUUGGAAAAGGUUUAAAGACAAGUUACAAUGUAAUCAGUGACUCAUUCUUAAAAAGAAAUAAAGGUAGUUAUUUCAUAAA